AUGGACUUACAGGAGGAACAGCCUCCUCUCGUGUCCCCCCAGGUGGCCAUCAAAGUCAUCGACAAGAGGAGAGCCAGGAAGGACACCUACGUCACCAAGAACCUGCGGCGGGAGGGGCAGAUCCAGCAGAUGAUCCGCCACCCCAACAUCACGCAGCUGCUCGACAUCCUGGAGACGGAGAACAGCUACUACCUGGUCAUGGAGCUGUGUCCCGGCGGCAACCUCAUGCACCGCAUCUACGAGAAGAAGCGGCUGGAGGAGGCGGAGGCGCGCAGGUACAUCCGGCAGCUCAUCUCGGCCGUGGAGCACCUGCACCGGGCCGGCGUGGUGCACAGGGACUUGAAGAUAGAAAACCUGCUGCUCGACGAAGACAAUAACAUCAAGCUGAUCGACUUCGGACUGAGCAACUGUGCGGGGAUCCUGGGCCACUCGGACCCGUUCAGCACGCAGUGCGGCAGCCCCGCCUACGCCGCGCCCGAGCUGCUGGCCAGGAAGAAGUACGGCCCCAAAAUCGACGUCUGGUCCAUAGGCGUGAACAUGUACGCCAUGCUGACCGGGACCCUGCCCUUCACCGUGGAGCCGUUCAGCCUGAGGGCUUUGUACCAGAAGAUGGUGGACAAGGAGAUGAACCCGCUCCCCACCCAGCUCUCCACAGGAGCCGUCAGCUUCCUGCGCUCGCUGCUGGAGCCCGACCCCGUGAAGAGGCCCAACAUCCAGCAGGCGCUGGCCAACCGCUGGCUGCACGAGAGCCACACGGGCAGGGUGCCCUGUGUCACCUACCCCAACAGGAUCUCGCUGGCCGACCUGAGCCCCAGCGUCGUGCUGCACAUGACCCAGAAGCUGGGCUACAAGAACAGCGACGUGAUCAACACGGUGCUGGCCAACCGCGCCUGCCACAUCCUCGCCGUCUACUUCCUCCUGAACAAGAAGCUCGAGCGCUACGUGUCGGGGAAAUGCGACGUGCAGGACGGCGUCUGCUCCAAGGCCCCGCUCUGCCCGGUGGACAGGUGCCGGCCCGGCAGGGAGCCCUGCGAGGCCUCCCUGGACACCUGGACGCGAGACCUUGAAUUCCACGCGGGGCAGGACAAAACACCCAAAGAGCAAGAGAAAAAGGGGGACUUCCUUCCCCGGCCGUUUCCCCAGAAGCUGGAGAAGCACCUGCCGGCGCACAGGCAGCCCGCGGCCUCGCUCAUGACGCAGCUUCAGAGCACCAGGGCCCUGCUUGGCCGCCUGGCCGCCGUGCCCCCUCCCAGUGGCCGCCUGGGCCCCAGGGACAGACAGGAUCCUGUGCCCGUGGGAAAGCAGAAAUCCUUCGGCUGCCGCAGUAUCUUCCGCAAAACCUCGGACCCCAGUUGUGUGGCUUCCUCCUCCAUGGAGUUCAUCCCCGGCCCCCCGCCCAGGACCCCCCGCAUUAUCAAGAAGCCGGAGCCCCCUCCACAGGGCCCGGGGGGCAGCAGCAUCGCCCCCAGAGAGGAGCCGCUGGUGCUAGACAUGGUCCGCUCCUUCGAUGCACACCUGCAUCAGCCCCGGGAGCACCUGCGUCGAGUGCACACCUGCAUCAGCCCCGGGAGCACCUGCGUCGAGUGCACACCUGCACCGGCCCCGGGAACACCUGGAUCAGAGUGCACACCUGCGUCGGCCCCGGGAGCACCUGCGUCGAGUGCACACCUGCAUCAGCCCCGGGAGCACCUGCGUCGAGUGCACACCUGCAUCAGCCCCGGGAGCACCUGCGUCGAGUGCACACCUGCAUCAGCCCCGGGAGCACCUGCGUCGAGUGCACACCUGCAUCAGCCCCGGGAGCACCUGCGUCGAGUGCACACCUGCAUCAGCCCCGGGAGCACCUGCGUCGAGUGCACACCUGCACCGGCCCCGGGAACACCUGGAUCAGAGUGCACACCUGCGUCGGCCCCGGGAGCACCUGCGUCGAGUGCACACCUGCAUCAGCCCCGGGAGCACCUGCGUCGAGUGCACACCUGCAUCAGCCCCGGGAGCACCUGCGUCGAGUGCACACCUGCAUCAGCCCCGGGAGCACCUGCGUCGAGUGCACACCUGCAUCAGCCCCGGGAGCACCUGCGUCGAGUGCACACCUGCAUCAGCCCCGGGAGCACCUGCGUCGAGUGCACACCUGCACCGGCCCCGGGAACACCUGGAUCAGAGUGCACACCUGCGUCGGCCCCGGGAGCACCUGCGUCGAGUGCACACCUGCAUCAGCCCCGGGAGCACCUGCGUCGAGUGCACACCUGCAUCAGCCCCGGGAGCACCUGCGUCGAGUGCACACCUGCAUCAGCCCCGGGAGCACCUGCGUCGAGUGCACACCUGCAUCAGCCCCGGGAGCACCUGCGUCGAGUGCACACCUGCAUCAGCCCCGGGAGCACCUGCGUCGAGUGCACACCUGCACCGGCCCCGGGAACACCUGGAUCAGAGUGCACACCUGCGUCGGCCCCGGGAGCACCUGCGUCGAGUGCACACCUGCAUCAGCCCCGGGAGCACCUGCGUCGAGUGCACACCUGCAUCAGCCCCGGGAGCACCUGCGUCGAGUGCACACCUGCAUCAGCCCCGGGAGCACCUGCGUCGAGUGCACACCUGCACCGGCCCCGGGAACACCUGGAUCAGAGUGCACACCUGCGUCGGCCCCGGGAGCACCUGCGUCGAGUGCACACCUGCACCGGCCCCGGGAACACCUGGAUCAGAGUGCACACCUGCGUCGGCCCCGGGAGCACCUGCAUCGGCCCCAGGUGCUCAGGGGACGGCUGUUUCCAGGCCCCUCACUGUGCUCUGCUUGCCUCUGGAUCGCUCUCCCUUCACCACGGUCGCCGCACAGGGACCGAGGCCGUGUCCUCAAGCCCCUCAUCCAGCCACGGUUUCUUGUCCUGGAUCACCAGCCAGGCCUCGCGGGAAGAUGGGCAGGAGCCACAGCCACGGGAUGGCCCCUCAGCGGGCAGGGGCAGCUGGGCACAGACCGAGCCGGACAGUGGGGACCCGCGAAAGGGGCUCAUUCUGCAGCGAGGUUCUGCCAGUUUCUUUCUUGGGUGA